UUCACGUGGAGGAUAUGCAUGUUUUAUAUCAACAUGUAACUUUUCUUGAAUAGUGGAAAAAGAUGGAGCUACAGUUGGAAAACCAAAGCCAGCCUUUCAACAGCAACACCGUGAGGCUGCCAGGUAAACCUGUACUGGAGAUGGGGGUAGAUAACUUUAUUUCUCUUCUGAUAUUUGGACUUAUUUUCAUCCUCGGGGUGCUUGGGAACACCAUGGUGAUCACGGUGCUGGCACGCAGUAAACCGGGACAACCGAGGAGCACAACCAAAAUCUUCAUCCUCAACCUGAGCGUGGCGGACCUGUCCUACCUCCUCUUCUGCGUCCCCUUCCAGUCCACCAUCUACAUGCUGCCCACAUGGGUGCUGGGAGCUUUCAUCUGCAAGUUCAUCCACUAUUUCUUCACCGUGUCCAUGCUGGUCAGUAUUUUCACUCUGUCGGCAAUGUCCGUGGACCGUUACGUGGCCAUCGUCCACGCCAGGAAAUCCUCGUCGAUCCGGGUGGGGAGGCACGCUAAGUUCGGAGUGGUGCUGAUCUGGAUCCUGUCUCUGGCCAUGGCAGCUCCCGUUGCGCACUACCAGGGCAUCGUGGUGAGGGAGGACAACAACACCUUCUGCUGGGAGGUUUGGCCGGAUCACCAGAGGAAAGUCUACGUGAUGUGCACUUUUGUUUUUGGAUACCUCCUGCCUCUCACUUUGAUAUCUGUCUGUUAUGCAAAGGUUUUAAACCAUCUGCACAAAAAGCUGAAGAAUGUGUCCAAAAAAUCAGAGCUCUCCAAAAAGAAGACUGCCCAGACAGUCCUGGUGGUGGUCGUGGUCUUCUGCCUGUCUUGGUUGCCUCACCACAUCGUUCACCUGUGGGUGGAGUUUGGCUCUUUCCCCCUGAACCAGGCCUCCUUCCUGUUCAGGAUGGUGGCUCACUGCUUGGCCUACAGCAACUCCUCCGUUAACCCCAUCAUCUACGCUUUCCUGUCGGAGAACUUCAGGAACUCCUACAAGCAGGUUUUCUGGUGCCGGCUGCCCAGCAAGUGUCCCGUGAAAGACACCAGAGAGCUCCGCAGCAGGAUGGAGACGGCACCGUCCACUAACAUCAGUGUGACUUACAAAGGUCAUGACUCUCAGAUCAGCAAAAUGCUCUGA